AUGUCGUUGCCAGCGAAAAUUUCACAGCUCCGAAGAUGGAAACCGUCAGUAUGUGUGAACAAGCCGCAACAUCCACUAAAGUGGAAUGUUUCAAAGGUGGAGAACCUUAUUUCAAUAGCGUUGCCCACUUCCUUAACAGUUCUCCAAAGAAAUCGGAAGGGCAGCACUACCAUCGUAAGAGGAUGCAAUGUUAAAAUGUUGCAACUUUUGUCGCUGAGAAAGAAAGAAUAUUCGUCUAUGUUGAGCUUGACACUGGGGCAGACAUGUGACAUGACAUGUCAUGCUGGUAUCUCGCCGAACAUGAAAGAAACUCGUGUGCCCACCUUUGGAAUCCUGUAA